GUUGCAUAUGUGUAGGCGCGCACAUAUUUAUUCGCCGGCAGAAAUCAUCAAGUGCCCACGCUCGUAAAUCUUUAAUUAAACGUUGAAAAUUUGCAAUUCGACAUGAAGGUGGCGGCAAACGUCACGAAAAAUUGGCUGCAACGUCAGCAAGUGCGCUUACAGAAUAUCAAAGUGUGGCAGCGUAGUCGCAAAGUGGGCAGCGGUUUGCUUGAACUGAAAGAAUGGAGUGCUAAGCCAAAAUCGGCAAAACAGCGUAAAAGACAGAUUGGCAUGGUGCGAGUACGAAAUUUAUUUCGGCGUGGUACAAAAAAAGAUUAUGAACAUUCGGGCAGUUUUUUAGAGGCCAUUGGCCCAGUUUUGCUGCUAGCUCAGUUCUUCGCCUUGAUGCCUGUUUGUGGCAUAUUAUCGAAAACUGCUUCGGAGGUGUAUUUUUCGUGGAAAUCUGUGCGCACAUGCUACGCAAUGCUGGUGAUUUUUUGCCUUGGACCGGCCAGCCUGUGCACCAUCGCCUUUGCUUUUCGCGAAAGAUUUAACUUCGAUACAGUGGAAGCGAUCGUCUUUUAUGUUUCAAUAUUUCUAAUAGCAAUGGCAUUUUUUCAAUUGGCCCGCAAGUGGCCGGCGUUAAUGGUGCAGUGGGAGAGUAUUGAGUCCAAGUUGCCGCCGCUGAAAACGGAAAUGCAGAGAGCAGCAUUGGCCCAUCGCAUAAAAAUGAUCACUCUGGUGGCGACUAUGUGCUCCAUGGUGGAACACUUGCUUAGCAUGUUGGGCAUUAUCUAUUAUGUGAAUGGGUGUCCCACAAUACCAGGGCACCCUAUCCGGAGUUUUCUAUAUACCAACUGGUCGCAGUAUUUCUACUUCUUUGAUUACACCGAUUGGGCGGGCAUCUUCGGCAAAGUGUUGAAUGUGUUAUCGACGUUCGCAUGGAAUUUCAAUGACAUAUUCGUGAUGGCAGUGAGCGUGGCGCUCUCUGCACGUUUCCGCCAACUUAACGAGCAUAUGUUGCGCGUAGCUAAGCGGCCAACGAGCGAGAAAUUCUGGAUUGAAAAUCGCAUAAACUACCGUAAUUUGUGUAAAUUAUGUGAAGCAACUGAUGACACGAUUUCGAUAAUCACACUGCUGUGUUUCUCUAAUAACUUGUUUUUCAUCUGUGGUAAAAUUCUUAAGAGUCUACAAAAGAAGCCAUCUUUUUCACAUACAAUGUACUUUUGGUUCUCUUUGGGCUUCCUCUUGAUGCGCACCUUAAUGUUGUCGUUAUAUAGUGCUGAAAUUAAUGAUGAAUCAAAACGGCCGCUGGUAGUAUUUCGGAGUGUGCCAAGUGUGUCCUGGUGCCGUGAGCUUAAACGCUUCUCGGAAGAAGUGACCACAGAUGUUGUUGCGUUGUCAGGCAUGAAAUUCUUUCAUCUUACCCGUGGUCUUGUGCUUACGGUAGCCGGCAGCAUUGUGACCUACGAAUUGGUUUUAUUGCAAUUCAAUAAGGAGGGUAAAGUGAACGACUGUUAUGAAGGAAGUAAUGUUAUGAAGUUCGCAUUUAAAAUCGGGUGGAAAAUCGGUAACGUAGCCGCUGAUGCGCGCUUACGUGUACAACAACAACAAGAUGCACGCAAGAAUCGACGAUUGUGGCGGCGUCAAUGCGAGCGCGGUAUACGUCGGCUUAGCCAAAAUGGGUGUAAUGCUGCCACGACAUAUGGACCGCAGAAACCGAACCACAAAUCUACCCUAAUUAGACGUACCUGCACGGAGUUUGCUGCUCAAAGGGAACUGAUGCAACUGCAAAUAGACAAACCACCAAAAGUUUUGGCCAAGUCGGUGAAGGAAGAUUUUCAACACGAUGGCAGCUUUCAUCAGGCUGUCGGUAAAGUGCUGCUCUUCGCCGAGUUCUUCGCCAUAAUGCCGGUCAAGGGAGUCACUGCGGCCCACCCACGGCAGUUGUCGUUUUCAUGGACAAAUAUCCGGACCUUAUAUUGUUUGUUGUUCAUAACAACGACAACAAUUGAUUUGGGAUUGGCAAUGAACAAAGUGCUUCACAAACCAAUCAACUUCGACAGUGUUGAGCCGAUGAUAUUUCGUCUGUCCAUUAUUGUGGUUUGCAUCAGUGCCAUCGUAUUGGCGCGCAAAUGGCCGGCAUUGAUGCUGGAUUGGUACGAAAUCGAGUGCGACUUGCCGGAGUAUUUAACGCAAAUGGAGAAAGGACGUCUGGCGUACAGGAUUAAAAUGGUGACAGUUGUGGCCAUGACGUUGUCACUUGCCGAACACUUGCUGAAUAUCUUAUCCAACAUACACUAUUCCAAUUAUUGUCCGCAGACCGAGGACCCAAUUGAAAACUAUUUUAUUCUGACCAAUCAGCAUUUAUUUAUGAUUUUCUCCUACUCCGUACCGCUGGCUAUUUGGGGCAAAGUGCAGAACAUACUCUGCACCUUCAUCUGGAAUUAUAUGGACGUUUUCGUGAUGAUUGUUAGCAUCGGUUUGGCAGCGAAAUUUAGACAGCUCAACGAUAACUUAUUCAAGUUCAAGGGCAUGCGUAUGCCUGAGAUGUACUGGUCGACGCGCCGCAAACAAUACCGGAACUUGUGCGAGCUCUGCACACGCAUUGACGGCGCCAUUUCGCUCAUCACGAUGAUAUCCUUUUCGAAUAAUUUGUAUUUCAUUUGUGUGCAACUGCUGCGUAGUCUUAACAAAAUGCCAUCGCUUGCCCAUGUCGCGUACUUUUACUUCUCGUUUUUCUUCCUUAUCGGCCGCACGUUGGCCGUCUCAUUGUAUUCGGCCAGCAUCAAUGAUGAGUCACGGAAGCCGUUGCGCGUGCUACGCUGCGUGCCGAAGGAGUCCUGGUGCACUGAGGUGAAACGUUUCUCGGAGGAUAUUAGCACCGAUUUGGUUGCAUUAAGUGGCAUGAAAUUCUUUUAUCUCACACGGAAAUUGGUGCUGAGCGUUGCUGGAACUAUAGUGACAUAUGAGCUGGUGCUUAUACAAUUUCAUCAGGAUAGCAAACUUGCAGAAUGUGUUAGCAGCAUACGUACACUGUCGUCUCCAGGCAACAACAGUUUGCAUUGAACUUAAAUAAGUAGGUGGAAUGCAAUUAAUUGUUGUACAGAUCAGAUAUAAUAUCAAUUUUGUAAGACGAAUAGAUUUUCUGUAUUAAUCAUAAAAAUAAUAAUGUAAAAAAUCUGA